ACACGGGUGCUACAUUCAGCAAUUAAAUGCAUGGUCGUGUGGGAAAGCAAAAACUGCGAAAAAUGAAACACAAACAAGUCACGCUUUCAGAGCAAAUUCUUGCUUUGAAUAAUCCUACACCUGUAGAUGAUCCUAGUGAUUAUUGGGAUGAAAACACUACAGCCAAAGUAGCAGAGUUUGAUGAGGGCGAUGAAGAAGAUACCAUUAAAAAGCCUUCAGUUUUAAGAAGAAAGACUGCUCAUCAAUCGAUUGAGGAAGAUGGGAGGUACACGGGACUGAAGACCUCGAGGCAACAAUGGACUUCAUCAGGACAAGGGGACAAUGAAUACAUCAGUGAAGAAGAUGAUGAACUGGAUGGAGAUGAGGAUGAAGACGCUGAUGAAGUUGACGAUGACCAAGAAGAUGAUGAUGAUGACGAUGACGAUGGUGAAGACACGGAGGAAGAUGAUGAUGAAGAAGAUGAUGGUGAUGAUGAUGAUGAACUCAUGACUCAACAGAUCAGAGAGAUGGCUCGGAAGUUGAAAGGUACAAUAUACUAG